AUGGAAUCUUUGGCAAAAACCAUCCGUUUCGUGACGCUGAACUGCCAUACAUUGUCGAGCGAACUCCAACAAACCGCCAUGUCUAAACUUCUAAAGCUCUUACGAUAUAUUUGUGUGCCGUUUACUGCACUGCAGGAAACACGCAUCAGAAGCUGGCCCAUCAUCAGUGUCGGAGAUUGCACCGUCUACUGUUGCGAUGCUGAUCAAAAGAAGGUGAGAAACUGCGCGAUAGCUGUGAGGAACGACUACAAGGACCUGGUGGCGGAAUUUGGCUCAACGCCGUCAAGAUGCGCCUUUAUUCGACUGAGGGAUCACAGGGUAUGCAAACUCCAUAUCUUUACUCCCCAUGCACCUACGGAGACCGCAGAAAAGAACAACAAGAACGCUUCUUGUGAUAAAGUCAACGCACUGCUGCACAGGAUACUCAGGCAGCAUGUGAUCGUUUUCGAAAUCGACGAGAGCGCCAUGGGACUUGAACAACAAUCUGAUGUACUAGGGAAAUGCUAUUAUCCUCGGAGCGCACGGUGGGUAAAGGUAACCGUUUGA